AUGGGGUGUGUGCUGGGGCAACACGAUGAAUUUGGAAAGAAAGAACAGGCCAUUUAUUACUUGAUCAAGAAAUUCACCACAUGCAAGAUGAACUACUCGCUACUAAAAAGGGCAUGUUGUACCUUAGUGUGGGCAACUUACCGUUUGAGGCAAUAUAUGUUGAGUUACACUACUUGGUUGGUAUCCAAAAUGGAUCCAUUCAAGUACAUCUUCGAAAAGCCCACUCUUACUGGGAGAAUAGCUCGAUGGCAGCCUAUGCAUCCAGAAUUCCCUGAUGAGGAUAUUAUGGCCCUGUUUGAGGAAGAAGGUGAAGAUGAAGAUAAAGAUAAGUGGAUUGUAUGGUUUGAUGGUGCGUCUAAUGCACUUGGUCAUGGAAUUAGGGCAGUGUUGUUGAAAGGUGAAUGGGAGACCAAAGACCAUAAGUUGAUACCUUAUCAAGCUUACAUCAAGGAAUUGAUGGAACUCUUUGAUGAUAUAUCAUUUCACCAUAUUCCUAGAGAGGAAAACCAAGUGGUUUAUGCUCUUGCCACUCUGUCAUCGAUGUUCAAAAUAGGCCCUCACAUAGACUUUUCGUGCAUAGACAUCAAAUGCCAUAUUAAGCCUGUACACUGUUGUUUGAUAGAAGAAGAUGAGGAUGGUAACCCUUGGUAUUUCAAUAUCAAAACAUACAUCAAGGACAAGGAAUACCCGUCCGAGGCCUCUGACAAUGACAAGAGGACAUUACAGAGGUUGGCAGCCAGUUUCCUCCUGAGUGGGGAUGCCCUAUAUAAAAGAAACCAUGAUAUGGUAUUGCUUCAGUGUGUGAAUGAAAAUGAGGCCGAGCAGAUACUAUUUGAGGUGCAUGAAGGAUCCUUUGGCACCCAUGCCAAUGGGCAUGCCAUGGCCCGAAAGAUUUUGAGAGUUGGAUAUUACUAG